AUGAAGGAGUCAAGUCUAAACUCCAGAGAUCCACUAGUCCUUGCCACUGCAUAUUAUCCAACAGUAUUCACGAGCGCAUCGAGCACCAAAAAGGUCCCGAUUAACAGCAGUUCUAGCCUCCCGACAGCAUCUUCUACAGGUUCGGUUAAUGAACUUAACUUAAAAGACGUAGUCCCGUAUCUGAGGCAUCUUUCUCUUUCCUCUGAGCAUGUCAUUUAUAAACCACUAACCGCGUUGCAGUUAUCCAACAUCCCUGCGAAAACAUGCAAACAGGUACUUGAUACAAACCGACCAGUGCCAACGAUUACUCUUGCCGUAGAGACUGGGCCCUUUGCCUUUAAUUUUCGAUACAUCAACGAGGUCAGCGAGGCGGAUAAAAUCGGCAAACUCUGCCCACCCGACCCUGUGGAGUUGGAUGGCAUCUCUACGGAGGUGGCUGAAUUCAAGCCUGACGUUGAGGAAUCGUACUGGGAGGGGGAAUUCUGGAGGGCACUGACUGCUGCCCAAGACACAGGGCACAAGAAACAUGAAUUAAUGAAGCAAUCCCGCUUGCGUAGCCAAAGACUUCUGGCACUUUCUCGAGCCAGCGUGAGCUCAGUGAUGGGGUCACCUACCCUUAACUUUACUGCAACACCGCUAAGUUCCCAGGUUUCUAAAAACUCCACCCCAAUGAGUAAUUCACUUGAAUUAAAUAACAUCAGUAGCUUCAACAGUGUGUCCCUCUCUCGGGUGUAUCAUCCUAGUUGCAUUUUACACAACUCAGUGACAUCUACACCAUCAGCAACGAUAGACCAAUUUUAUCAAAAAAAAAUGGAUACCGACGCCGUUCUAGCUACACCCACAACCACUACGGCUCAGCGAAAUGCCAAGGGGUUUCUGCGUCGUGCUCGGUUUAACGAGAAGCAGCGAGUUUCUUCCUUUAUCACCAGAAAAAACAUGACGUUGCAGAGCCAUGAUCACUCUUCUUCGUAUGUUAUCAAAUCUUUUAAGGGUACUUCAUAUAGAGAAAAUUCAUAUUCCAUUGAUUCUGAGAAAAGAGGCUUUAAAGUCCUUAUCCCUUCUAUUGCGAGUGAGUCCUCGUUCUGUCUUGAUGCAAAUUCAUUUGUGGAAAGCAUCCCUACGUCCGCCUUGGCAACCUGUGUCGAAACCCCGAUAGCGAAUCCCAUGAGCCACAAUAGCACCUCGUUACACUCUUCGCCCUUGAAUCCUCAAAAGGCCCCGGUUAAUGAUGUGACAGGAAUUCCUACGCAUCCCUCGUACGCCACCACAACCCUGUCUUGUCAGGAUAAUGGGAUUUACAGGGACAGCACUGUGAACAGGAUGGGCGAAGACCCCGUUGAGGGAGGCCAAUCCCGGCCUGUUCCCACAGCGGAUACAGCGCUAUCGGGGAGGACAGGGGAGACUGCUGCGGUGUGCAUUGCUUUAUCAAAUCUACUUUCAAAACGCGAACCACGGGAGGUGCAGGACCACAAAAGUAGCAGUGAGGGCAAACUACAGUUGGUCCAAACGUCGUUUUCCCAUUCUACGAUUAAGAGAGAUAAUCUGCACUCAAAGCAAUUUUUAAAUAAUGUGAGAUCGACACCUGUGGACGCAUCCGGGUCGGCGCUCUUGGAUAGUCCAUCGCUGAAGCGAUUACAAUUGGCUUCACUAAAUACAUCUUUCUCCCAGCGCACAAGCCAGCCUUCCGCUGCGACAGAUAAGUAUAAUUCAUUAUCUAAUUUAAUUAAAAAUAGUUCUAUCCACCCAGGCUGUCGUUCGGGUGAGUCUCCGAAAGUGCGUGUACAAUUUAUUGGAGCAGACACUGCUGCACUGGCGAUUGAGGAUAUUGAGUGUGUUUUGUUACCGAAUAAAUCUGGUUCCAAGGUUCUUCAUAAUUCUCCGGACCAGAUCUUCAGUGAAGAACAUAAUAUACGUGCUAUCAAAGGAUCUGAUCAGAUUUCAAGUCUACCCCCCGAGUCAGAUUCGUUGAAGCUAUCUUCCAAAUUACAAGGCUCCAAACCCCAACUGAGGGUGACAGAACCGUGUGUAUGCUUGGAUAACAGCCAAUCUCAGUCACAUCAGGCAAAUAGUCAGGCUGUGCACAGCAACACAGAGGGAAAUGGUAGAUAUUUUCUUCACCGUACCAAACCCUCGAAAGCUGAGAAAAAUACAUCGGAGGGCAGAAGGCCCAGUUGGCGCACUAUUGAAUCUGAAGAUAUUUCAUCGCAAUCAACCCCCAAAUCUCGCUUGUUCCGUUGGAAAAAACUCGCGACAGGGAAUUCUUUACCCGAAGAUGCUAGGUUACCAAAUUCGACUUCGACCCAAGCUGCAUUUGAUGACCACGUGUCACCUUUGGUGCAUUCCAACAUUAAUGGCGCAUCUAUAGUCCAGAACGAUACGAAUGUUCAUCGUGUUCUUACGCCAUCGUCUUCUCCGUUAUCAGCUCUACCUUCACAACUAUUAAAUUCGAAACUCGAAGGAAAGCAUAAUUGUGAAAGGUUGAGUUGUGACCAUCGUGGCACAUCAUUGCCGUCUUUAUCGGUUAACUUGAGUGCUCGAGAUAUACAUAGCGAUCCUUUGAAUUUAUGCCAACCAAUGCAAUCUUUUCGCAAGGGGGAUACACCCGGUUUAGUGAAUGAUGACAAAGAAGGUCUCAUAGGUUGCAAUAAAGACGCAGACAAGCAUAAAAAUCAUCCAUUUGAAGCAAAAACAGGUGAGGCAAGAUGUUGCGUUGUCAUGUGA